UAGUUGCCUAUAAAACCAUACCUCAAAAAGUGUCAAAUUGUUGCAUAGUGUUACUUUAAAUUCUCAAGAUGUGGGUGGAGAUACUCUGAUGGGGGGCAGCAUAGUUCUAAUGAGAGCCAUUUGUAACAUUCCAGCUGCAGCCAAAUCUGAAUGAAAGAAAUCUUACGUAAACCCAUUCAAUGGCACUUCUCAUCUACAAAGAAGAAUUCUCAUCAAUAAUUAAACACUUGAUGAGAAACCAUGAUACCAGCACGUCUAGGUACACAGCUUGUUUUCGCCACUGACUCGCUUGUAAAUGUUAUUAUAAGGGUCUGACAGCAUGAAAAGAGAUCUCUACAGAGAUACACCUGUGUCUGUUUACCUCAAUAACUGUAAAGAAACUAUAGAAUUGACUGUCAAUUCUGUGUUUUAACUUCCGAUCUCUGAUGUAACACUCCAUUCAGUGCCUACGAUUGGCCUACCGUGUGGUGCUGGAGUGGGCACUCAAAGGAGAGUUCCUCCCUUUAAUAAACGACCACAGGCACUGAGUGGGGUGCUGAGGAAUUUAGUGCUGUUUGAUUGUCUUGGUAGCCUAAAUUUAGAUGCAUUAAGCUGUUAAAAUGUUCAGCAUGUUGUUGGGCUAUCCUCAAUCAGUGCGCCAAAUUUUAGAACUUUUUACCAUACAGUUGCAUAUUUUAGUAUAUUUUGCUGCAUGGCCCUUAUAAACAUAAAAAAACACUCAAUAAAAGGCUAAACUAUUAAGAGUACUUCAAACUGUGUUGUGUCGGCAAGGCAGCACUUGCAUAGAAUCAACUGUUAUAGUCUCCUGGAAAGGCUAAACGCUACUAUGGAUCUAUUACACUUAAUUUCGCCCACAGGUUUUAUCAUGAAGGCGUUACAGAGCACACAAAUAGUCCAAAUUGAUAAGCCUAUGUAACGAAAGAGAGUCUCGUGAAGAUAUAGAAUUUUCAUGAAUGGAGUUGUUUACUCUAAAUUACUGUUUAACUCCAGUGUUCCACCAGAGUGAUUCACAAAAAUAGCAAGUUAGAAGGAAAUGGCCUUCUCGAACAUUACAAAUCCGCUUUGAAAAUCGGUCUGCAAUAACGGAACAUGAUGUUGGCGUUGUGCACUGUUCACUGCCAGAUUUGGGUAAGGCAAUUUUUUGAUUUUCAUUUUUGUACAGGUUGAAGGCAAGCUCUCUGGCAGCCGACGCGCAGCCAACUCCUACGCCUUCUUUGGUGGCUGUAGCCUAAAUGUUGCCAAACUAAAGCUACAAGGAAUAACCAGGAUAGUAUUGGCCUACAGCAUCAAAAUCAAGUAGAAAUAUUGAUAUUUCUUGAGUUGGUAAGAGUAAGUUACGACGUUCCACAGGUAGCCCAAAGACAAGUUUUGACAAUCUGGAACUUGAUCAGUUCGUUAUCUCCUUAACUGUUGUUGGCUACUUUGUGGGGUGUGUUGUGGUGUGUUUCUCAGAACUGGUAAACUGCUUAUUGAUUGGACUGAUAAGGUUCGCAGAUAAAAGGCAAAGGACGAGCUCAUUGUGGAUGAAAGUUUUGACUCCAGCGUGCAGUUAACUUGUGUUCAGUUAAUUACAUUUCGGGGGAUUCCUUAAUAAUGCCAAUUAUGAUAUCUUUAACGCUGUGCUGUAUUAAUAUCAUUCAUGUAUUAACGGUAGUGUCCCUCCCUUUGCCCGACUCCGGCCCGCAUUUGGGCAGUGACUGGACACAGCCUAUUAGGCUAAAGCAUCUAUAUGCUGCCAGAGACGGACUUCAUCUUCAAAUUAGAAAGGAUGGAAACGUGGAUGGAUCUCCUCAACAAAGCGCUCUUAGUUUGAUGGAAAUACGUCCUGUUGAUAACGGCUGUGUGGCCAUCAAAGGAAUCGCAAGUUCUAAAUUCUUGUGCUUGGAGAGAGAUGGACGACUGUACGGAUCUAACAGUUACGUGAGAGAUGACUGCGCCUUUGUCGAGCAGAUCCUCCCAGAUGGAUACAACGUCUACAGUUCUAGGAAACAUGGCACCCUGUUAAGCCUGAGUGUUGGGACCAGAAGCCAGGCCCGUGGUCAUGAUAAGGGCCUCAGCAGUCAUGCCCAGUUCCUGCCCAUGGCCAAUAAUUUGAAGCAUUCACAAAUCUACCAGAGUGACUCAGGCUCUCUCUCUGAGCACCAUCAGAGCAUCCCAUUAAACCUGCAAAUAGACAGCAUGGACCCUUUUGGAAAAGUUUCUCAGAUCUACAUACAGAGCCCCAGUUUCAACAAAAGAUGAGUAAUACUCUUCAGUAUUGCUUCAUAAAAUAUUUAAGCAUUCCCAGUGAGGACAAUGGAAGGCAAAGAGGGCUCGGAUCCAGAUAAAACAGGGCUGGGUUGAGAACAUUCCAGUUGGGCAUGAGAAUAUUGCAGACUGGGACACAACUCCUCAUCAGAACCAAGUGAAUGACUCCAGUGUGUUGAUAUUGCAUGGAUUUUCUGACGGAUCUUUUUCCAAGGUUUCUACUGUAUUUUAGAUGUACUGUUGUUUUUCCAUUAUGUUUUUCAAGGGAAAUUCUUAGUUUCCCCAGAAUGGAGCAGUUAGUCAUCUCAUUUGUUGUCUGACUUUUUGUUCUAAACAUGUACAUAUUUUCAAGUCUGAAUAUCUGUAAGCAUUUUUGGUCUGAGACCAUCUAUGAAUGGAGGGGUAUUCAUGCAUCUAUGAUCUUUGUGUUAAGAUGUAUUACAUUUUUAAAAAUGCACGGUUACAUGGUUAUGGUUUUGUCAAAUUAAGCUAAUUGUUCCUUACAGUCCUCUAGCUGUCCGAUCUGUGUGUGUGUGAUCCAGAAACUCCAGUGUUCGUACACCGACCUGGCUCUGUAAAUGGGUAACAAACAAAGUAGCUCAGUGAGCCAUAAACCAUUCCAGCUUUUCAACGCAUUGCCUCAGGAGCAUGGAAAGGUUAGGGUGUAAUUUGAUUGGCUAUUGAAAUCAAAUAUCAACUACAACCAGAAUCGCAGACUGUGCCUUUCAACAUAGUCCGUGAUGCUAAUUUAUUCAGCACACCAGAAAUCAUUGUAAAAAAAAUUCUCUGAGAACCUUUAAGUGUAUGUGCUUUUGCAUA